AUGCUCUUUUCACUUAGGGCUACUGUUGUAGCUGUCACUUUUCUCUCCUCCGCAGGAUUGGCAGAAAGGUCUGUGGCUACAACAAAGCUCCUUGGAUUCAGAGCAACUCGGCUAGGCCAAAACCACUUCGCCUUAUAUAAUUGGUCGCCUUCAGGCCUAUUGCACGGUCGCCAGUCGCAAUAUACAUGCAACGCUGAUGAGAAGCUUUGCGGUAGCAACACCUGCAUGCAAGCCGACGAUAUAUGCUGCAAUGAUGGUACUGGCACCGCCUGCUAUCCCAACACUGUUUGCAUUCCUGGUGGCUGCUGUCCAGUUGGCGAGAAAUGUAGCGGCAACGGGCCCUCUACUUGCGAGGGGUUAGACAAAUUCUGCGGUCCCUAUUGCAUGCCAUUUGAUGGCACUUGUUGCGACGAAGAUGCAGGAAAGUACUGUCCGGCAGGAACCACGUGUGAUGGAAAUAACAGCUGCACCGUUCCUGGAGGAGGUUCAGGAGGAGGCUCUGGAGGAGGCUCAGGGGGAAGUUCAGGAGGAAGCUCAGGAGGAAGUUCAGGAGGAAGCUCAGGAGGAAGUUCAGGAGGAAGCUCAGGAGGAAGCUCAGGAGGGACUACAAAUGUAUUCUCAUGGCCUUCUUCAAUCUUCGAUCCCGGUACCGACCUACCCACUUACCAGGCUACUGCUCUAGGAACCGGACUGCCACCAGAUGAGACUUCGGACUCGCCUGGUUCCCUUCCUACAGCAAUAGCUGGUGAUAGUAGUAGUGGGUAUAAUGGCGACAAAAGCAGCAACGGUAAUGAGGGCACUGCCAUGAGGCUGAAUCCAGCUGCAGUAGUUGUUACUGUGUCCUUAGCUUUAGCACUUUUAAGCUUUUAG